AUGGCGAAAAAUCCAGUCGUUGUUAUUGCGGGGCUUGCCUGUGAAACAUCUGGGUUCUCUCCAGCCCGGACCCCCGCAGCAGCAUUUCACCCUCUUCGUGAUACCGAGAUAAUUGAGAAAUAUCAUUUUAUCCACCGUGGAACGCCACUUGGAGACGCAGCAGAUUGGCGCGGUACACUCAUCGGCCACGCCCUCCCCGGAGGAAUCGUUACCAGAGCAGCAUUUGAAGAGCUUGUGGGGGAGAUCUUGACUCGCCUCAAAGAUAUUUGCAAGUCCACCCCGGUCCAUGGUCUCUGGUUUGAUAUCCAUGGAGCGAUGUGUGUUCAGGAUGUAGAUGAUGCCGAGGCCGAACUUCUUCGUCGAGUCCGAAAUGUCAUCGGCUCCCAAGUCAUCGUAUCAGCAUCAAUGGACCUUCAUGGCAAUGUUUCAGAGGAACUGGCACACCAAACGGAUCUAAUUACAUGCUACCGGAUGGCUCCGCACGAAGAUGAAAUAGAUACGAAAGAACGUGCCUGUCGAAAUCUCGUCGAGUUAUUGGCCGAGGGUUCAUUUCCAAAUCGGCCAUUGAAGGCCAGGGUUCCAAUCCCCAUCUUACUGCCAGGGGAGCAGACUUCGACACGACUGGAGCCCGCGAAGGGACUCUAUGCACUUAUACCUGAAGUCGAAUCAAUUGCGGGAGUGCUUGAUGCUGCUAUCUGGGUUGGCUAUGCCUGGGCGGAUGAGCCACGUAACCACGCGGUUGUGAUGGUGACAGGAUGGGAUGCAGAUGUCGUGACUGAAAGCGCUCGGAAGCUUGCAAAUCACUUCUGGGACUCCCGCAAGGAGUUUCGCUUUGUGGCGCCAACCGGUUCUCUGGAAGAGUGCAUUGACACUGCCCUGCAGUCAAAAUUGCGACCGUUUUUUAUCUCAGACUCGGGUGACAACCCAACGGCUGGGGGUGCUGGCGAUGUGACAUGGAGUCUUGCAAGGGUGCUCUCUCGGCCUGAGUUUCAGCACGAGUCAGGCCCUCGCGCCAUCUACGCCAGUAUUCCAGGACCAGAGGCAAUUGAGUUAAUUGUUCGGGCUGGUGUGGGAGCUACUGUGACAGUCACGGCUGGCGCUCAGGUUGACAACAACCACGGAGGGCCGGUCACUAUAACAGGCCGCAUUCACGCAAUCAGAAAUGGUGAUCGAAAUGCCAUCACAGAGGCAGUUGUUCAGGUCGGAAGUGUGUUUGUUAUCUUGACUAAACUACGCAAGCCUUAUCAUCUUGAGGGAGAUUUCACCGAGCUCAAUCUUGAGCCCCGAUCUGCGGAUAUCGUGAUAGUCAAGAUCGGAUACUUGGAGCCCGAAUUGUUUAACAUGGCAGCCGAUUGGAUGCUUGCUCUGACACCUGGGGGUGUUGAUCAGGAUCUUCCCCGCCUUGGGCACCGACGCAUCCGCCGCCCUAUGUGGCCUUUUGAUCAGGACAUUUCUGAACUGCCAGAUCUCACUCCUCGAUUGGUUCCGGCUUCUAACGAGCAACUGAGGAUACAUUGA